AUAUAUCAAUUUUAGACUUCCAGCAAAUGCUUUCAGUGAAGCAUUUAAGAAUCGAAAAGAAUCUCUUGUUCAAAUUGUGCAAGUCAUUAUGACCCGUAUGCAGCGUGUCACUUUCCUUGCCCUGCAUAAUUAUCUUGGUCUUUCACAAGAAUUAUUGCGACCAACAAACAGAGUAUCUGAUGAUCAACUUUCAAUAAGGAAAAUGUCGUCGUCAAAUAUUUUGUCUGAACUCGUGGAACGACACAGUUUGAGUUCCGCUGACUUGAAAGAACAACUUGCCCAUAAAGAUGAUACACCCGAUGCCAAACAUGAAGAAGAAGUCGUUUCCACAACCAUAUUACCUCGCUCCAAGUCGCAACCCGUUGUGAUAAAUAAUGGUGGAAAAGUGAAGCAGAUUCGAUUCAAUGAGAUUGACACGGUUGUUGAUGAUAACGAUAAUGUCUUUCAUAGACAAUCGAGUCUACCAUCAGAUGCAAAAAAACAAAUUGAUUUUAAAGAAAGUGUUCGUCAAGCUCAAUCUAGAUCAAUAGAUGCUUUUAUGACACCAUCACCAAGUGAGGCUUCAUGUUCUUGUGACAGCUCAUCUGAUGUCAAGAUAUUUGAACUGAAUGAACCAGAAGUGUUGGAUCUGGUAACUGCAGAUCUGUGUCAAGUGUUUGGUAUUGAUGACAGGGAAAUGUUACAAGAACAUAUCGCUUUACUUAAAGUAUGUAAGGGCCAUCAAUUAAUUAAUGAAGGCGAUCAAGAAGUUUCAAUCUACUUUGUUGUGACCGGCAACUUGAGAGUUUCACAAACAUUACCUGAAGUUGGUUUUGAUGAACAAAGAAAUGUGACUUUGUUUGAAGCAAAACCAGGAAUGUUAACUGGCCAACUUGCGGUGCUCACGGGAGAACCUUCAUUCUUCGAGGUUUCUGCUCUCGUUGAUUCCGUAAUAGCCAGAGUGACUCGGCAAAGUUUCUACAAAAUGAUGCGUCGUUACCCCCGCAUGGUUCUUAACACGGCACACACCGUCAUGCUGAGGGUUAGUUCGUUCGUUCGUCAAAUCGACUUCGCUCUUGAUUGGCAGAUGGUGGAAGCUGGAAAGGCGUUGUACAAACAAGGCAGUAGAAGUGACUGCAUGUAUAUAAUUCUUCACGGUCGCUUGCGCUCAGUGCAUUUAAAGUCAGAUGGAAAGAAGGAACUGGUUGCGGAAUAUGGAAAGGGAGAGAUUGUUGGAAUGACUGAAGCAUUAAAAGGUAUAUCUCGUCCAACAUCGUUACAUGCAGUUCGCGAUACUGAGUUGGCUAAAAUACCUGAAGGGCUAAUUAAACAGAUAAGGAGGCAACAUCCUGGUGUUGUGACGCGACUUAUUUCACUGAUGUCCGAUAAAAUACUUGGUAACAUGCUUUCACAAAAGAAGUCACAUGUAAGGUCAUCAGAUGUACUUGCUCCCAAACAAACUAUGCAAGAAGAAACUAGUUUUGCAUAUGGAGAUGUUUCAAACCAUCUUGCCAACUUAUCAACUGUCGCUAUAUUACCCGCUUCAAGUGAUGUGCCGUUAGAUAAAGUAUCUAUGGAAUUACAUCAUGCACUGGGGGGCAUUUGUAAUCAGGUUUUAAGACUCAACAGCGAUCUAAUUAUUCAACGUCUCGGUCAUAAUGCACUUGACAGUGUGCAAGAAUACAGGUUAUCUAACUGGUUGGCCCACCAUGAGGAUUCACAUCGAAUGGUUCUUUAUCAAACUGACUUUACCAUGACACCAUGGACACAACGUUGUAUAAGACAGGCUGAUGCUGUUUUAAUCGUUGCACUUGGUGAUGGAGAACCAAAAGUUGGGAAGUUGGAGGCCCAGCUUGAAGGGAUGGCUGUUCGGGCUUUAAAGAUGUUGGUUCUGCUUCACCGACCAGGCAUUAUACGACCAACGAGAACAGUUGAUUGGUUAAACAUGAGGGGAUGGUUGACUGAACAUAUUCAUAUUAAAUGUCCAAAGCGAUUGUUCGGACGAACACGUAAAUCAAAAAUGGUGGAGUACUGGGAAAAGUUGUCAACAAAACCAGUUGAUAAAUUUAGUGAUUUUUCUCGGCUUGCACGAUUUCUUACUGGAACAUCUAUCGCUCUUGUGCUUGGUGGUGGGGGCGCUAGAGGUCUUUCACAAAUCGGAAUUUUGCAAUCACUUCAAAACGCUGGUGUUCCCGUUGAUAUGAUUGGUGGUACUUCCAUCGGUGCCUUUAUGGGCGGACUGUGGGCAGCUCAUCGUAACAUUGAAACAAUGAAAGAAAAGUCGCUGAUACUUUGUGAUGAUAUGAGUUCAAUUGUAUCAAAAAUACUCGACCUAACGUAUCCGUUUACAUCCAUGUUCUCUGGUGCUUCAUUCAAUCGAGCAAUCCACACAAUAUUUAAAGAUAUACAGAUCGAGGAUCUAUGGAUUCCAUAUUUCACCAUCACAACCGAUAUCACUUCAUCUGAGAUGCGGGUGCAUACCGACGGUUCACUAUGGCGAUAUAUCAGAGGCAGCAUGUCAUACCAUCCAUACCUUCCACCACUAUGCGAUCCACGGGAUGGACAUUAUCUUCUUGAUGGUUGUUUCGUCAAUAACCUACCAGGUGAUGUUGCGAGAGCACGUGGUGCAUGUAAGGUUAUUGCCGUCGAUGUUGGAUCUGAAACUGAAGUCGAUUUCACUGAUUAUGGCGACCAUUUAUCUGGAUGGUGGUUGCUAUGGAAACGGUGGACAGGAAGGUGGACGGGCAGGAUCAAGGUUCCUGACUUAAAUGACAUACAGUCGCGACUGUCGUAUAUAUCUUGUCACUAUCUGCUUGAAAAAGUCAUUAAAUCUGAUUAUUGUUUCUACGUACGACCUCCAAUUGCAAAAUAUAAAACGCUGGAGUUCCACAAGCAUAAGGAACUGUACCAGGUUGGCUUCAAUCACGGUGUGAAAAUAUUCACUGAUGAAUGGGCGUCGCAUUUCUGGAAGGAAUUGAUCAGUGACCAGAACUUACCCGUGAGCCAAUCUAUCGCAUCAAAAGGUCGUGCAGAUAUUUCAUUCACAGAUCUGUCUGAGUUUUUAACCGAACAAAUGGAAACGAAUGAUUUAAGGAAUCCAUCAGAUUCGGAAUACGAAUUUGGAUAUGAUUCUUCACCUGAAACUUUCUUCCGUGGGUCGAAUGGAAUGCGAAGAAUGAUGAGCGAACCAUAUGAUAUGAAUAAAAUGACCGAAAUUCGCUCUAUUGACCAAAAGCAGGACACUGUACAAUCGCUUUGUGCCAUCACAUCUGCAAGUCCGACAACGUCACAUAAUUAUGAUAGACGACAUUCUUCUUUUCAACAAACACAAACCAUUAUUCCUUCUUAUUCAUCAGAUGAUGAAGAAGAUGAUUCGAGGUUAAUUCUCUCAUCUUCUAUAUGACAUCUUAUGUCUCAUCUCAGUUGAUACAUGUUCAUUACAGCCUUUCUCUUUUUCAGCCUUCUCUUCUUUUGACCUUCUUCAUUCUCAUUCUCUCACUUUAUUUUCAAUUGCAUGACAACCACUGGCGGCCAUUGAUCCAUACAUUCAUCCAUGUCGUAGCACAAAUAACUUUAAAGUUAAUAUUGCAUUAAAAGAGUCAACACUCAUUAUUAUGAACAACCACACACGUUUGCACGAUUACUGUGUGUUUUACCAAUAAAUAUUGUUUUCUGUAAAAUACAACGUGUGGUGAUACUUUUAUCAUCUGUUUUUGGAUGUAUUGCAAUAAAAAUGACACACUGUGCCAGA